AUGGUCGACAUCAAUUCUUUGGUCUUCAAGCUCCAAAAGCUUCGUGCACCCCGGGAGUUCGUUCUCAUUGUACUGCUGGUGAUUUGGACUGAAGGUCUCUACAACAUUGAUGAGGCCUACGAUUGGUUGGAGUUCUUCGCUGGCCAUGCGGCUUGCACCUGCUUCGCUCGCUUGCAGGGAUUCAAGGGAUGCAAAUUUGAUUUGAAAUACAACUCAAACAACAGGGUGCCUCCUCGGAAGAGUAACUACAUGGAUGUUAAUAGCCCAAGUGGGUUCGUGUUAUGCAUCAUCUUCCUGCUAAAGGGUCGGGCCCACGACUUCCUAUCUUGGUUUGGCAUCAAGUGUUCCAGCUGGACCCAAAUGAAUGUUGGGACCUCCUCCAGGGCAGCUUGCUGCAGCACCGGGGAUCUGCUCAUGGCCUCUGUUGGCGAGGCCAAUAAGAUGCUUGAAAGGAUUUCACUCCUUCUAAUCCUCACUGUGGCUCUUGGUGGAGUAUUUGUAUUAGAACAGCCGGGUGGUUCCAUUCUUGAGUUCUACCCUACCUUUCGAUGGGCUUUGGGACGACUCAUUGAUAUUCAUGGCAUUGAUGCAGUAUCCCGUGUGCACUGGUCGAUGGGUGCUUUUGGUGGAGAGACAGCCAAGCCGCAGUAUGCAUACAGCAAUUCACCAGCCAUCCGGAAGUUAUACCAUUUUCGCCCAACAGCCAACAAGGUCAAGAAGGUUCAUACAAAGGUCGAGACGUGUAGGAAGUACAAGAACCGAGACGGUAAAGACUGCUAUGUGGGGACUAAACAUCUGAAAGACACAGAGAUCUACCCGGACUACUUUGCCUCCACCAUUUCGGUCUUGAUCGAUGACCUGAAAGCUGCGCAGCGUGGGACCCCUGAGGUUCCAGAUCCAGUGCCACCUGCCUUGGAAUCCUUUCAAGAUUUAAAUUCGGGGAAAGGGUCCGACUUGUUUGAAUUUGCUGACCUAGAGUCAGCUUUUCGAUAUUUGAGAAAAGGGCACAGUCUGAGAAUUCCCGAAGGUUGGGCCCACCAUGUGCCAAAAUCUAUUUAG